AUGUCGGCAACACCAAGCCGACGGCCCUCAGCGCUAUCCCAGGCCCAUCCACAAUCAGCACAAUCUCUCAGACGAAACGCAGUCCACACCUCAGUCUCACGAGCAACACCCCUGCCAGAAUACGAGACUCCUGAAGCACCCCUCACUGCAGAAAGCCAGCGCCAAAUCGCUGCUCUGCUCGCAUCACACCACCUUCGUACCCUCCGCACCCACCUCCAACAUGCCGCCGAGAAACUCACACACUCAGGUGGUGAAGUAAACGAGCGCCUUAGUGAUGCCAGGACCCGAUAUGAGAAAUUAAAGGAAGCGCGCCGACGUCAAGGCGACGAGAAUGUCGACGACGACGAGGCCAAUGAGGAGUACCAGCGGCUCGCUGAGGCAGAGGCUCGAGUCGAUGCUAUUACUGCGCGGAUGGAGGAGAAGACACGGCUGAUUGUCGAUUCAGAAAUAAAGCUCCAGGGGUUGACAGAUGCGAUGAGUCAAAUUGAAAGGGAGGAGGGUGAGACUGUCGCUGCUGCUUUAGGAGUUAGGCAGACCCGUCAGCAGCGGGCAAGGCAGAGAGCCAACGAUGGCAAUGACGCCGAUGGGACUGAGGAUCCCACCGAUCGUGAUUAUGAAGAUGAACAGGAGAGAGAGAUGCGGGAGCGCAAUGCACAGAACCCGCCUAGUCGCAAGCUGGAGGAUAAGUUGACAGAGGGAGUUCAGAAGUGGAAUGAGCUUUCUUUGACAGAAAGAUAUGCCAGCAAUAACUCCUACAUUGGCUUCUACCGGAUGGUUCACGACUCCAAGUUCCCCGGCGACGACGUCCCGCCGUUGCCCCACUCGUCUACAUGGUUCGAGCACAUGGAAGAUACGAAUGCGCGAUCAGGGGCACCGGCACGUACGCGCAACCAGAACCGUGGCCGUUCGCCUGCCGGCUCCGACGAUGACAUUGCCAUUGAGCGCGAGCGCAUCUCCCUUAAAUGCCCAUUGACUCUCACACCCUACCAGGAUCCUGUGACGAGCACCAAAUGUCCGCACAGUUUCGAGCGUGAGGCCAUUAUGGAUAUGAUCAACCGCAGCCCGACGACUAUUGCGCCCCCGGCGUCUCGUCGGGGACAACGCCGCGUCCAUGUGGUUAAAUGUCCCGUUUGUUCUACUCCGCUGACUGCGGACGAUUUGCGGCCAGAUCCUGUUCUACUACGACGUGUUCGCCGGGCCCAAGAGCUUCAGGAGCGCGAAGAAGAAGAUGAUCACCUUGAAGGGGACGGGAGAAAGCAGAAGGAUCGAAGUACCGGUAUUACCUUGGGUAGUGACGUGGAAAGCGAUGAUGAUGCUAUGGAUGUUGAUGCCCACCCUCCAUCACAGCGUGUCAAAAUGGAGCCGCUCAGUCAGGCUGCUCCGGCCGCUCAAUCCGAUGAUGAACCGGGCGACGAUGCGGAGAGUCAAGAUGUUGAGCGUGAGGAUGCGGAGAACGCGGAAGGGGAGGGUGAAGAGGGGGAGGAUGAACAAGAGCGGAACGAAGAGGUAGAUAUUGAGGGACCGGACAAUGAAGAAGGUGAGAACGAAGAAGUGGAGAACGAAGAGGCAGAUAGUGAAGAAGUGGGAAAUGAAGAGGUUGAUAUUGAACAAGCGCAGACUGAAGAAGAGCAGAACGAAGAGAUGGAAACCGACGAACCGGAGAACGAAGAAGAUCAGAAUGAAGAAGUGGACGAGGAAGUGUCCAGCAAUGAAAUGCGGAAUGAGGAAGAGCAGAAUGAGGAAACCCAGAGCGAAGAAAGACAGACUGAACAGGACAAUGGGGAUGUGGAAGAUGAAGAUGUGGAGAGCGAGGAAGGGCAGAAUGAAGCUGUGAAUUCUCAAAAGGAUAUGCAAGCAGAUGUGCAGAAUGAGAAAGGACAGGAUAAAGAUGACAGUGAGGACAGCAGAGAAGACACUGAAGCCAGUGACAGUGAGGACAGCAGCGAAGACACUGAAGCCAGUGACAGUGAUAUUGAACCCAAAGUCGAGAGUGGGUCCGAGGAUGAGGAAGUGGAAGGAGAAAGCCAAGACAGUGAUUGA